AACUCCCUCACCACACCGUCCAGAUACCCGACACCCCCCGGUUCACAAUGAAGUUCCUUAAGGUCGGCCGCGUCGCCAUCAUCACCCACGGUCGCUAUGCCGGCAAGAAGGUUGUGAUCAUUCAGCCUGUCGACAGCGGCAACAAGGCCCACCCCUUCGGCCACGCCCUCGUCGCCGGCAUCGAGCGCUACCCCUCCAAGAUCACCCGCCGCAUGUCCAAGACGCGCCAGGAGAAGCGCUCCAAGAUCAAGCCCUUCGUCAAGCUCGUCAACUACAACCACCUCAUGCCCACCCGUUACACCCUCGAGCUUGAGGGCCUCAAGGGCACCGUCUCCAACGACACCUUCAAGGAGCCCAGCCAGCGUGAGGACUCCAAGAAGACUGUGAAGAAGGUUCUGGAGGAGCGUUACACGAGCGGCAAGAACCGGUGGUUCUUCACUCCUCUGAAGUUUUAAAGGAAAAAAGGGAACCCGUUUCUGCGCACGUCACUCGGCUGGGGAGUUGGUAUGGCUUGUGAAGAGCAUCACUCAAUUGGCAUUCGAGAUCCUCGGUUAAGGACCUCCCACACGAACCAAAUCAAAGACCUGAUGA